CGAGAAAACAACUUAUGAAGUGACCUUUAUUCUUCAUUAAAAUCUGCUGUCCCAGCUUCGCGAAGGCGAUAGAGGUGCUGCAGAGACUGGGCAAUGUUCAUAAGGGUGCUUCCAACAAUACAGCAUACUACAAGACCCUUCUAAGCAUCAUUAUUGUGGAAUUGGCUGCAGGCGACGAGGUCAAUGCCGGAGCGCGCUUUCAGGAAUACUGCUCGUAAGUAUUGCCUUGACGUGACAAAUCCCUUUGUAGACCAUGGGAUGCCAAUCUCAUUAUCCAAAUACCUUGGUAUCGCUCUGACAUAGCGUGGAAGGUUUUGUCCAGUCUGAAGAAUCUGCCGUUGCGCAUGCAAUGCUGGAUGCGUUUGAAAACCGUGACCAGGACUACUACAACCAGACUGCUGCCCGCCAAUACGUCGGGUUCUUGGACAAUGAGAUAGCGCGACUGGCGCGCAACAUUGUCAUCUCAAAUGAUCUAAUAUCUGGAGCCGGAUGUGCUGAACCUGGCCAGGCGCUAACUCCGCCACAGCAGCAUCAGCAGAUGUACUUGCCGCAAGGUCACUCAGGCAGCACACCUCCAGUCCAGUCCAGUCCAUAUCAACAACAACAGCCGCCAUAUCCUGCACACCCACAUCAGCAACUAUUUUCUGAUCAGAAGGAUGUCUAUCAAGCACAGCCUGUCUCUCGGAAUUUGUCUCGUCCUCUGAGCAUGAAUGGGGGAUAUGAGAUUUCGCCGACAAGCUCAUCGGAUCCUCCACCUUAUUCGGAAGAGCGGAGCGAAUCCGACUGGCAUGCGCUGACAGAGAAGCAGCCGUAUCAACAAGGAUCAUCAUACCUAGAGCAGAGACAACAGCCGGAAGCACCGCCCAGCCGCAAUUACUACCAGGAUGUGGAGGCGGAUGAUGAUGGUCUUCUUUGAAGCAAUGAUAGUGACCGCGCCUGUGCCUGAGCAUGCUUUUCCCACCCAUUUUAGGAAAUUGUGGAGUUGAUUGAAUAAAGAUCUCA